AUGUCUUCCCUCAUCGACAAAGCGAAGAGCGCCCUCUCGGGCCACAAGAAGCCAAAGGUCUUGUUCGUCCUGACCUCCCACGACAAGAUGGGCAACACGGGCAAUCCUACCGGAUGGUACCUGCCGGAGUUCGCUCAUCCUUACUACAAGCUCGAAGGCAAGGCAGAUAUUACCAUCGCAUCUCCCAAGGGAGGGGAAGCCCCAUUGGAUCCUAGCUCUGUGGAGAUGUUCAAGGAGGAUGCCGAAUCGACCAAGUUCCUCAAGGAGAAGGAGAGCCUAUGGAAGAACACUGAGAAGCUCUCCAACUUUUUGAGCAAAGCCGACGAGUUUGAUGCAGUGUUCUACGUUGGUGGUCACGGACCCAUGUUUGAUCUCGCCACCGAUCCUGAAUCUCAAAAGAUCAUUAGCGAUUUCUACGAGAAGGGCAAAGUGGUUUCCGCCGUCUGCCAUGGUCCGGCAGCUCUUGCCAACGUCAAGCUGAGCGAUGGAUCGUAUCUCGUCAGCGGCCAAGAAGUCACUGGCUUCACAAACACCGAAGAGGACCAAGUCGGCCUCAGCAGCGCCAUGCCUUUCCUGCUGGAGACCAAGCUGCAGGAGAAUGGAGGAAAGUUCGUAAAGGCGGAGCCAUGGGCUGCCAAGGUCGUCGCCAGUGGCAAGGGCAACAAGUUGAUCACUGGUCAAAACCCGGCGAGUGCAGGACCGAUUGGAGAGGCUAUCUUGAAGGCGAUCUAA